UUUUUCGUUGGCCAGAUGAUGCCAUUUCAUCACUCUGUCCUUUUGUCUGAUCACGGCCAUCCGUCAAAAAACACCAUCGCUCCCAUUUGCCGCACCAAAGGGUUUGUGGGCGUGUGUAAAAACGCCUCCGGAGUUACAGUGGAUGAUAGUGUGGUGACGAUCUUCAAUGACAUGAAGGUCCGCAAGGCUUCUGCCAACGAGGAAGAGAAGAGCAAGAGGAAGAAGGCUGUUCUCUUCUGCCUGAGUGAUGACAAGAAGCGUAUCAUCAUGGAGGAGGGCAAUGAGAUCCUGCAGGGAGAUGAAGGAGAUCCCUACCUUAAGCUCAUCAGUAUUCUUCCUCCUAAUGAUUGCCGCUAUGUUCUCUAUGAUGCCAUGUAUGAUACUAAAGAGUCUAAGAAAGAGGACCUGGUUUUCAUUUUCUGGGCCCCAGAAAAUGCCCCACUCAAAAGCAAGAUGAUCUAUGCCAGCUCCAAGGAUGCCAUCAAGAAGAAGUUCACAGGUGUCAAGCACGAGUGGCAAGUGAACGGUUUAGAGGAUAUCAAGGACCGAAAAACCCUUGCUGAGAAGCUCGGGGGAGCAUCAGUGGUGACUCUCGAGGGCAGGCCUCUGAACGAUUGAGGCGGACACAUUUCAGGGGUUAGCUGGUCAUUCCAACACGGGUGGGGCAGAUGGGCCAGGACGACUGUUUGUGGGCCAUGGGGUGGGUUAAUGUGGGUGGAGAGGGUUGGGCAAAAGUGACAGUUUCCAAACUCAACACAUGGCAAAAGAUACUGGCUGUCAUUCCAGUUCACACAUACAAAGAUCAAGAACAAAAACAUAAAAGGAAAAAAAAA